CACGUGGGGCGGUGCGCGCUCAGUGCGGCUGCGCCGGCCGGUAGCUGCAGCUGGAGCGGUGGCGUUUGGAGCCGACGCGAAACUGGAUGGCUUCUACAGGGAGCCAGGCCUCUGAUAGAAACAAGAUUUUUGGAUUCUUCAAUGAUGGCGAACCCCCCACCAAAAAGCCCAGGAAGCUCCUUCCAAGUCUGAAAACCAAAAAGCCUCGAGAACUUGUGCUGGUGAUUGGGACGGGCAUCAGUGCUGCAGUUGCACCGCAGGUCCCGGCCCUGAAGUCCUGGAAGGGCUUAAUCCAGGCCUUACUGGAUGCUGCUAUUGACUUUGAUCUUUUAGAAGACGAGGAAAGCAGAAAGUUUCAGAAGUGUCUCCAUGAAGACAAGAACCUCGUCCAUGUCGCCCAUGACCUCAUUCAGAAACUCUCCCCUCGUACCAGUAAUGUUCGAUCCACAUUUUUCAAAGACUGUUUAUAUGAAGUAUUUGAUGACCUGGAAUCAAAGAUGGAAGAUUCUGGAAAACAGCUCCUUCAGUCUGUUCUCCAUCUGAUGGAAAAUGGAGCCCUAGUAUUAACUACAAAUUUUGAUAAUCUCCUAGAACUCUAUGCAGCUGACCAGGGAAAACAGCUUGAAUCCCUUGACCUUACUGAUGAGAAAAAGGUCCUGGAGUGGGCUCAGGAGAAGCGGAAGCUAAGUGUGCUACACAUCCAUGGGGUCUACACCAAUCCUAGUGGCAUUGUCCUCCACCCAGCUGGAUAUCAGAAUGUGCUCAGGAACACUGAAGUUAUGAGAGAGAUUCAGAAACUCUAUGAAAACAAGUCAUUUCUUUUCUUGGGUUGUGGCUGGACAGUAGACGACACCACUUUCCAGGCCCUGUUCCUAGAGGCUGUCAAACAUAAAUCUGACCUAGAACAUUUCAUGUUGGUUCGGAGAGGAGAUGUAGAUGAAUUCAAGAAGCUUAGAGAAAACAUGCUGGACAAGGGGAUUAAGGUCAUCUCCUAUGGAAAUGACUAUGCUGAUCUUCCAGAAUAUUUCAAGCGACUGACAUGUGAGAUCUCCACAAGAGGCAGAUCAGGGAUGGCAAGAGAAGGUCAGCUAAAUGGUUCAUCUGCAGCACAUGGUGAAAUAAGAGGCUGUAGUACUUGAGCAAGCUGGAGAAAUCACCAUUAGACCAUGCUGUGGGGGCCUUCCUGUGGAUGUGUUAACAAGCAAACUUGCAAGAACUCAACACAGCUCCCAGGAAGUACCAAUACCCAGAAGUUGAAGCUUGGGGUAGAAUAGGGGUGGCAGUGUUGCACCUUCCCUUCAUGCUGGCUGUUUCUCGAUACUCUGCUGCCUGGUCCAGUUUAAUACCCAAUGACAUCAGGAUCCAAUGCAGCUCCUACCUACCCCAAGACUGGACAGACUUAUCUACACAGCAGACCAAUGUGAUGACUCCUGACUAUGGCUGCAGCUCUGCAGGACUUGAGGAGCAAGAAGUCAUGGAGUCAGUGGGCUCUUGUUGCAGUUUUGUACUCCACUUGGUUUUUCAAUUGAGCUUAUGGCUUUUUUAAAACAUGACUUGAAGCUCUAGUUUUCUAGAUCUUUUACAGUGUACAGUAUUUUACAUAACUGAGCUGUAUUAAAAGCUUGUUCAUUUACUUGCCAGGGUUCUGGCUCUACUUUGAAGAGUUACUGCUAAACCUAAAACUUGCAAUCUUCUAUUUUCAUCAUAGGGUGGUGAUCCUCCUCAGGACAGGCACUUACCCAAUUCCUUAGAGCACUACUAGUUCCUAUCAUGCCAUUGCCAAAAAGAAGCCCAAGAACUAUAUAGCUAGUAUGAGUUAGCAUUCUAAUUUUAAAUCCUGUAAAAAAUA